GGCGGGGGGAGGGGGGCACUACCGCCCGCAGUCUCCCGGGAUUCCCGCCGCAGCUCCCGCCGCAGCUGCCACCCUGGGGUGAGGCAAGACCUUGGGGCCCCCGCCCCCGGGGGUGGCGGUUACCUGGGCGGCAGCUGCGGCGGGAGCAGGGCCCAGAGGCGCUUAGUCUGACUUCGGAGUAGCUCUCGGCACCAUGGACGGGUCUCUGGAUACCUCCACCAUCGAGGAUUUCAGGGUCGGGACCCUCCUGGGAAAGGGGUCUUUCGCUGGUGUCUACAGAGCUGAGGCCAUCCACUCAGGCCUGGAAGUUGCAAUCAAAAUGAUUGAUAAAAAGGCCAUGUACAAAGCUGGGAUGGUCCGGAGGGUCCAGGAAGAAGUGAAGAUCCACUGUCAACUGAAACAUCCUUCUAUCCUGGAGCUUUAUAACUAUUUUGAAGAUAACAAUUAUGUGUAUCUGGUAUUAGAAAUGUGUCAUAAUGGAGAAGUGAACAGGUAUUUGAAGAACAAAAUGAAACCUUUCUCAGAAAGCCAAGCUCGACAGUUCAUGCACCAGAUCAUCACAGGAAUGCUGUAUCUUCAUUCUCAUGGUAUAUUACAUCGGGACCUCACACUUUCAAACCUCUUACUGACACGGAAUAUGAAUAUCAAGAUUGCUGAUUUUGGGAUAGCAACUCAGUUGAAAAUGCCUAAUGAAAAACACUAUACACUAUGUGGCACUCCUAAUUAUAUUUCCCCAGAAGUUGCCACUCGAAGAGCACAUGGACUUGAAACUGAUGUUUGGUCUCUAGGGUGUAUGUUUUAUACAUUACUUGUUGGGCGGCCCCCUUUUGACACGGACUCAAUCACAAAUACAUUUAAUAAAGUGGUAUUGGUAGAUUACAAAAUACCCACCUUUUUGUCACAAGAGGCCAAGGACCUUAUUCGUCGAUUGCUUCAGAAAAAUCCAGAAGACCGUUUAAGUCUGUCCUCAGUGUUGGAUCAUCCUUUUAUGUGUCAAAGUUCUUCGGGGAGAAUUAAGGAUUCCAGCACUGUAGAAGAUUCAAUAGAUAGUGGACAUGCUACCAUUUCUACAGCAAUUACCGGUUCUUCCAGUGCCAGUAUGAGUGGUUGUUUACUGGACAAGAAGAGACUAUUAUUUGGUCAGCCACUUCCAAAUAAAAUGACUCUAUUUCCAAAGAAUAAGAACCUGAGUAAUUUUUCAUCUGGUGAUGGAAGCAGUUUUUAUCCUCAGUGGGGAUUUCAUGAACAAGAAAGCAGUCACAGUGGCCGGGGAAGACUACAACAAGAUCCUGAAGAAAGGCCACAUUCUCGAUACCUGCGCAGAGCCCACUCCUCUGAUCGAUCCGAUACUUCGAGUGGUCACUCCCAAGCCAAACCACCUGCUGUGGAGCGCUGUCACUCUGCAGAUAUCUUCUCAAAGCCCAACAGGAGAGGAUGGCCAGAAAAUGAAGAGAGGUUUUCACCUCCCAGCAGCAAUGCUAAUAUUUUUCACCCAUUUAAAGAAAAUAUCUCUAAUACUCCUGGCUUUUUUGAAAGACCUGAUAAAGACCAAGCACAUCCUCUCCAUCCUGGAAAAUCUGCUUUUCCGUUUUCAGACCAGACCUCUCAAGCUGAAAUAGUUCAACAAGCAAAUGCUCAUUUAAGAGAGCCUGCUGCUCACAUCAGCAUUAACUCAAGCAGAAAUGACCAGGGUCAUCCAAAUUUGCAGAAGGACCCAAGGAGAAAUGCCUGGACUGACAGGAUGGCUCACGGGGAUGCAUUAGCUUCUGAGAGUGUGCGUUGUGUCAAACAGCCAAAUGCCAUGAAACAUAUGCCUGCCCAUCACCAGGAAGCCGAAACUGCUCCGUUAGCACCUGUGUUUGGCUCACAUCCUCUUUCUGACCCAAGCAAAUCUAGGGGCAUGGAGCCACAAAGAGGCCACCAGAAAUGUUCCUUGUGGAGCUCAACCUCUCCUUUGAAUGCCCUCAGGCUAAAGCCCAUCAGGCAAAAGACGAAAAAAGCAGUGGUGAGUAUACUUGACACAGAAGAGGUGUGUGUGGAGCUGCUGAAGGAAUUUGAUUCCCAGGAGUACGUGAAGGAAGUUCUUCUGGUGUCCCCUGAUGGAAAAUCGAUCACAGUUUAUUAUCCGAAUGAUGGAAAAGGUUUCCCUCUUGGAAAUAAACCACUCCUUCCUCCCACAGACAUGACUAGGUAUAACUUUGAUUCUUUACCAGAAAAAUACUGGAGAAAGUAUCAAUAUGCUUCCAGAUUUGUACAGCUUGUAAGAUCUAAAACACCUAAAAUCACUGCCUUUUCAAAAUAUGCUAAGUGCAUUUUGAUGGAGAAUUCCCCUCAGGCUGACUUUGAAGCUUGGUUUUAUGAUGGAGCAAAAAUACACAAAACUGAAGGCUUGAUUAACAUGAUUGAAAAAUCUGGAAAAUCCUACACUUUGAAAGGAGAGACUGAUAUUGAUAGUUUGAAAGAAGAACUAAAAAUAUAUGUAGAUCAUGCUAAUGAGGAACAUCGUUUUUGCCUUGCACUGGAAUCUGUUUUUUCAGAAGAAGAAACAAAAAGUAGAAUUGUUCCCCGCUUUCCGAUAAUUGUUGGAAGAAAGCCAGGCAACCCUGUUUCCCCACAGACUGUGGCCCCUCCAACUUGCAGGGAUCCAGAUGCUUUAGGAAAAGACACGGCAUCGUUGAAUAGGAUGGUGGCGAGCAACCCCGGGGUUGCUACUCACCAGACACCCAAGGCCACUCCUUCUUUUGGUUCAUAUGACGGACCUGGGUUCACAGCAGCUGUGCCUGAAACAGGAGGAUCUUCGACCAGCCCAGAGGAUUAUCUUCCCAAAUCAGCGCAGCUUCUAAAGCCUGUUUUUGUGGAAAAUGUUGGUUGUGUUACACAGCUACCCAGUGGGGCUGUGUGGGUUCACUUCAAUGAUGGAUCCCAGUUGGUGGUUCAGGCUGGAAUGCCCUCUAUCAGUUACACCUCACCAAAUGGCCAGACUACUCGGGCGUGAGACAAGAUGAGUCAGGAACAGGCCAGAAUUCGGCCUCUUCUGCAGCCACUCAGACUUCCGUGUGCGCCAGAAGAUGGGAAAAUGAGAAGCGCCCAGAGCGCAGGCAAUUACAAGUGAAAUGGGGCUUACUCAAUGACUCCAAGAUGAGGCAAUACCACAGGGUACCACAACUACCAUCCCACAUCAGUGAGGAGGAAAGUGACUUUCAGAAGAGGACGAGCAGCCUGUUGUCACCUACACUGGGGUCUCUUUUCAGAAAAGGAAGUUUUACUGAUGUCGUCACAUUGUGCGCCCUGCCCAGUGACUCUCUCCUUUCUUCCCUUGUCCAGUUAAACAGAGCAAGUAACAGGAAAGAUAAGGAUGAUAGUAGAAAUUAAGUCUUGUUACAUUAAUUUAGAGAUAAGUAGAGAAGCUGGCUUGAGAAAGAAUUGGAGUUUGAAGCAAAGAGGAAACCAAGUGUCAGGUUCGAAUGUUGACAGUUUUUUUCUGUGACAGUUACUCUCUCUGGGUGUGGCUGUUACUCUGAGGGAGUUGGGAGUUAUUCUCUGGGAAGUAGUGAGGAGUUUCUCUCUCUGAGUCCUAAUUUGGUUCUUGCUGAGACUCAGCCAGCUAGCCUUUGCUAUUUUUAUAACUUUAAGACAACGUUAGGAAUAAUAAGGAUAAAAGUUAAUUUAUUGAAGAAUAGGGAAAAUUUGGGUUAGGUAGGAUCAGGAAGGAUCAGUGUAGCCUGAGGAAACAGGAGAAGCAGUUCUUUGCAGAACCAGGGAACUUAUUUGGGUAGUUAGAAUCCCUUAGAGCUAGAAAUCCUUUUUAUUCUUAUAUUUCAAUAAGUAUUUUAUUUUUUAUAGCCAAAGUCUCCUUAGCAUCCUUGUGCCUGACCCUGAAAAGAACUUCCAUUUAUGAGCUUCACUUCAUUUAUAUAACCUGAGGAUACUUUGUGAGCACAGCAAGCAGAGUAUCUGAAAUCAGUUUAUUAUCAAUAAUCAAAUCCAUUGCCCUUAUUAGUUUUACAGUUGUCUUUUUAUUUUUACAGUUUGGUCAAAGAACCAGAAAGUCUGAUUUUAAGGGUCCAAAUGUCAACUUGGGCAGUUGGAACCAUUACCUCAGCAGGGGGUCUGUGGAAGCAGCUAGAGCUGACAGUUUUAUUGUGAGCUGUAGUACCAGUGAGUUGAACUCAAGGUGGCUCCAAACCCAUCCCCCAGUCAACUCGACUCAAAGGUUCUGUGCUCUCAGAAAAAGCUGGUGAAUUAGCUACAUAAAAUCACCCUGGGGGGGCAGCUGGGUAGCUCAGUGGAUUAAGAGCCAGUCCUAGAGACGGGAGGUCCUAGGUUCAAAUCUGGCCUCAGACACUUCCCAGCUGUGUGACCCUGGGCAAGUCACUUGACCCCCAUUGCCUAGCCCUUACCACUCUUCUGCCUUGGAGCCAAUACACAGUAUUGACUCCAAGACGGAAGGUAAGGGUUUAAAAAAAUAAAUAAAUAAAUAAAAUCACCCUGGGAUUUUUUUUCUGUUAGAUAAGGCUUCUCACCUUUUUAUUAUUGUACUGGAUUAUAUACAAAAAUUACUUGCCCAUGACUUUCUAAUGCCAUUACUCUCAUUGACACUCCUACAACUAAUCUCUUAUGUUCAUGUAUUGUUUUUCUUGUGCUUUUACAUCAUGAUUGAAUCUUUAGCCAUCGUGUUUAAACAUUUAAAACUAAGCAUCAAGCAAGUUACUACAAAGAAUGGUCUAACAUUAAACUAUCUAGAGACUAAACUAGAUAGAAUGGAAACUCAAUAUGAGGAAUUACUCAAGGCUAAAGGGACAAAGGCAGAAAGUACAGAACAUGAAGCAACUAAAUUAGAGGGUGCAACUAAAUCAGAUAAACCAACUAAAUUAGAAAUAGAAAUUGAAGCAUUAGAAAGCACACCAGCUCAUAUGUUUCCUUUAAGAGAGGUACCUGUAAUGUCCCCAGAGCAUGGUAUAGUGACUCUUGUACGACAAAAGGCUUACACAAGCUGAUAUUGACAGUUUUAAGAAAAAUACCCCAAAAUAUGAAGAAGAACCAAUGGGAGUUGUAAAGCAGUUCAAGUACUUAAGCUUUACAAACCUUAUUUGAAAUUUGACAUCCUUAUGGAUGAAAUAUUGACAAAGAGGGAGAAACAGCAGAUUAUAGAGGACACUAAUAACCUCUAAAUUGCCGAUUGGCCAGCUGAGGGUCCUGGAUGUGAAGUUAACUCAGUUGUGGGGUACAGAGACUUAACUACAGCCAGGGAAGCAAUAAUUGAAAAUAUGAGGCAAAAUUCCAAAGCCCAGGAACCUGAUCUAAUUUGAGAGCCUAAAGCAAGAAGUGGAACUCCCUCCACUUUCCUCAAUAGAAUUAUUGACUGUGCUGAAAAAUGGAUUGGGUUGGAUAUUUUAAUAGAGGAAAAUGUAAAUCAAAUUCACAAGCAGUUUGUAAAAAAAAAAUGCAUGGCUUUUAAUCUAAAUUAUUUUCAGAGUAACUAUCCAAAUUCGUUUGAUAUGGAUCUUGUUGAAAGUAGGAGAAUUGCUAACUAUGUUUUCCAAGAUGAGGAAGACAGGCAAUCAGAAGAUAAAAACGAUAUAAUUGAAAACUUAACCAAAGAAAUCAGAGAGCUUAAACAAAAACAAAUCCAAUAAAGGAAAAAACAGCAGUGGCACUAAGAAUUUAUAGACAACCCAGAAAUAACUACAACCCCAGACAAUACAAUCCCCAAGAUGUUUUCUUUGUGACAGACCUGAUCAACACACGAAAGAGUGCAGAUUUAGGGUUCAAUUCUUUGGACAAAACUUCAGGGGAAACUGAGGCAAUAGGUUUAAUUGCUUUAAUGGAUUCAGGCAAAAUGGAUAUGGAAAUCAUGGGUUUAACCACAAAUUCAAUAAUGGAUUUAAUAAUGCAUUUCUGUAUGGGAGACCAAACUACCCAAAUUAUUUUGAUACUGGAUUGAUAAUUUGAUAAUUCACAACAAGCCCCAGACCUGAAUACCAUGCAAGACUAUAUAUCAAAGCAGGUGCUUGUCCAAAAUAUUCCCAAGUAGUUGGUGGGAAUUCCCUAAAAGUCAAUAUUCAAAAAGGUGCAACGUCAUUAUGAAGGUGUGCCAAGGACUGUGCAGUUAAAGGUCUAGUAUAUGGAGAAAAUGGACUAGGAAGAUUGGCAAUGAAAUAAGAACUGAUGAAAAUGACAAAGAGUUUAAAAAAAAACAAAACAUGGCAAAUUAGUAGAGGAGAAAUCAGUGAAGAAUUAGAGAAUGAGGAACAGGAACAAGUAUUGAGUUUUCCUGAUCCUAGUGUGUUAGCUCCUGUAAUACCUGUCUAUUCUCCAGAAAAUAGCACAGAACCCUACGUAAGUCUAAACAUAGGACCCCUAGUUUAUGACUGUCUCUUAGUCACAGGUACAUUAGAGAUGUGGCUGCAUUGCUCCCAUGUGACAAAAGCAGCAGCAGCAGAAGAGAUUACACCAGACAACAUGGCUGUAGUAAAAAAGACAUCUGAAGAACUUAUUCAAGAAAAAUGAAAUAGAGACAGAGAUCAAGACAACGGAGAAGACAACAGAAGAAACAGAGAAGACAGCGGAAAGAUUGAUUGAAUUGUAACAAAGACAUUGCAGAAAAAAUCUACACAGAGAAGAGGAAUGCAGACUGAUUAUGGACAUGAACUGUAAGGUCUUUGCGACAUUCUAAUAUUGCACACUUUCUCUAUAAUUGCAAACAAACACAUAGUAACAGCAUGAAAACAGAAGAUAGUAGCAGAGGAAGUGACUUUAAAGAUUUGGUAAGUAUUCACUACAAAAUAACAUAGAGAUAUAGGACACAUUUCUCACAAACUCUGCAACAUCACCCCCCACCCCCCAUAUCUUUCAAAAGAAAAUCUUUAAGGUUUUCUUAGACUAUCUUGGGGGAGGGGGUUAUUUUCCUCCGCAAAAUGUAUACUUUGUAAAUAUGUAUAUAGUCUUUAAUAUAAUUUGUACAUAAUAUAUAUAGGUGUAGAAAUUAUACAGAUCUAUAUUUCUAUAAUGUGUAAAUAGUUAAAAUUGUUGCAAAGUUUUGAUUUUAUUAGUAUAACAAGUUGAUUUUGAGUUUUAAUGUAGUUUUGAUUUUCUGUAUUAGCAAUAGGAUAAGGUCUUAGCAUAAUAGUGAGUUUCAUUUGAAUUGUCUAAAUAGGAUUUGUAAGAUGCAGUUUGCAUGUUUUCAAGUUAUUUUAGAUACUUUAGUUUUCUGUAAAACAUUAAAUUGGUUUUUGGUUCAAAAAG